AAAAAAAGUUUCCCCUAUAUUAAGGACGACGCUGUCGACCAAAAAUACAGAAGAACUUGAAACGUUAUCGACGAUCAGCUCACGACGCCAAAGAUGGAAAUGACAAACUGGAGGUAUGUUAAAUUUCUUUCGCCAUACUUUAAAAUUGUUUGAAUUGUCGCUAUUGUGAAAACAUUUGCGAUUACUUUUGACCAAGAAUUUUCCACGGUGUCAAGCCCGAGUAAGCCCCGUGAAGCAGAGGAUUGGAAUAGCGAUAAGGACGCCGACCUGUUAAGCACGCCGACGGUUAUUUUCAGAGAUAAUCGUGAAGGGACUGUCCACGGACAACAUAAGCGGAAAAGAACGGAUACUUUUAACGACACUGCCGAUGAUGAAUUGUUGAUCGCUGCGGCUGAAAAAAUUGAAGCGGGUCUAGCGACGGCAGAAACUUCAACCGACGGCGCUCAGAGCGAACCUGAAGAACAGUUGGAAUCUACGCCGCCGGGUACUCCUACUACAGGGGUUGUGACACCGGACCAAGGGUUCCCAGCAAGCGGUGAUCCAGCGACCACAUCCAGGGCCUUAUCGGGGCCCCUGCAGAGGACGCAAGAUUGGGAUAUUGACCAAUUAACACCUUGGCAGUGGCCGGUUGCGAGCUCCCUGGACGGCGCUGUAUCCCGGGCCGAGAGGCUGAAGGGGCUCAAGGUAGCUUUUUUCCUUUUUCAGGAUCAAAUGUGUGAUUUUUUGGCGGAUUUGUCUGAUCAGAUAUAAAGAAUAAGCACAGACAUGGCAGAAAACUGGCGGCAUUGGAGUUUUGACGGGGGUAGAAGCAUGCAUAUAAAUGAUGACGACGAUGGUGAAACGCCGCUGAACCCCGAUCUGCUUCGGCUGAUUGAUGAACUGAAUGACGGACCACAGGCUGAAAUUAACCCCUACAUGCUCGCCUUAAUAAAUGAUUUAAAUGAGAAUGGUGCUCAUGAAGCUGUUGAGGAUAUGGACUAUGUUAAUAUGGGUGACGCUAUAGACGAUGUAGACGGGUGGCUACCAAAUGCUCAUGUGUCUAUGAAUGUGGAAAUGGCUGACGACCACGCGGCUGACAGAGGACCGGACAACGAUGUGCAAAUGCUUGACGCUGAUGACGAAUCGGCCAUGUACGCUGAACUGCAUCAGAUGAUUGCUGAACUGAAUGGUGAGCAACCGGGUGAAUUUAACCCCAUUUUACAAAACUUCUUAAAUGAUUUAAAUGAUGAUGAAGAUGGAGCGGCGGGGGACCCUGAAAUUAUGGACAUUGAUAAUGGGGAACAACAACAUGGUGGGGGCGCAGCUGAUGGUGAUGUUAAUGUAAUACGCAGACCACAGUUUAACAACACUGAAAUAAGGCAACGCUUUCAUUUUGAGGGGAUUGAGCAUGAGGACAUAGUAGAUGUCUACAGGGCUGUUAUACAGACAUUCCAAAAUUUGGUGGACAGAGUGAACGCUUUAGCGGGGCCUGGGGAUAUCAUACAAGUGGAACUGCAGGGGAAUUCAGUGACAAAUAACACAGCCAUGCAUGUUCGAGGCGAGAUCGAUCUAAAUGAUCUGCUAUCGAUGAUAGACGACCUUACACAGAGUAAUACCGAGGUUUUUAGCGAUGAAACGCUGGAGCUGGUUGUGCAGAUUAUUCAUGAUCGAAAUGGUGGUGCGGCCAAACGACAGAAAUUAACAAAGCUGUUAAAGUCGGACAUUUUGCAAAAGAAGCUCAGGUGUCUUAUUGUUUCUGAAAACUCUGGCAAUAAUCUGUGCUUUGCUUACUGCGUAGUCCGCCUCUUAAACCCUGACAUAGCCCAUGAGAUUGCUGAGAUAGAAGCUAAACGUUUGCAGGAAUCAGUCGGUCUAACUGAUGCAGACAUGGUCUCAUUCUCAAACAUAGCAGAGUUUGAGCGAAUGUUAGGGGUCAAAAUCGUGGUGUGGUACCGCUAUAAUUACAUCAAGCGACAAAAGGCAUACUCCACGCCAUCUAUCCAGUGGCUGGAAUACAUCGCACAUAGCGAAAAACUAGAGAUACAGCACGCGCUCUGUAGAGGGGAGGUGAAAAUGGGUCCCUACUACCUCGACGGCUAUGCCGAAAUCGACGGCGUUCAUACGGCAACUAACGCCUUGCAAUUGUACUACAAAGCAGAGGCCGACGAGCGCAUAGAUUACUACGACUUCACGAGCCUUUACCCCUCGGUCAACAAGUUUAAGGAGUACCCGGGAAAACAGGAGGCUUCGGGCUAUCCUUCUUGGGUAAAGAGUGCUGAGGAUAAAGAGAGAUACAUUCAGACCUACUUUGAGAAGGAGGGCAUCCGCUUGAACCCCGAAAACAUCG